GGCGACUGGGGAGGGGCGGGGUCAGGUCUGAAUUGCUGCUGUGAGUCACCCGGCGCUGCCCAGGAAGGGCAGGGUUGGGGUGAUGACCAUGGUAACAGCCCUGUGGGGUUUCGCGACGUCCCUGGCGUGGAGGGAAUCCGUGUCUAUGGCAACAGCCACCUGGCAGAACGGGCGGAACUAGAUCCCUUCGCCUGGGACGCUGACAUUCCAAGCCCUUAUCCUGCAGGCUCCCGCGGGCGGACAAGCCAGAGGAGGAGGCCGGGGAAUGGCCGCGGUGUGGCAGCAAGUCUUAGCAGUGGACGCGAGAGCUGCAGAAUGUGUUGUCCUCACACUGACCUCAUCACCAUGCCAGUCAUUCCUGCAGAAUCACCCCUAUCACAGACCAGGAGGAAACCCCCCAUCAACACCAUUGAUCACUCUUGCCACCCUGACCUCAAUCACUGCCACAUACCUCAUUCGCGGCCCUAUGUCCCAAGCUGAUUGAUUCCCUUUGUCCUGUGCCUGCUGCCUGCCUGCAUCCUGACCCCGCAGGUACAACGCGUACCGCACACCAACGUUUCCACAGUUUCGGACCCAAUAUAUCCGUCGGCGCAGCCAGCUGCUGCGGGAGAAUGCCAAGGCUGGGCACCCCCCAGCACUGCGUCGGCAGUACCUGAGGCUGCGGGGCCAGCUGUUGGGCCAGCGUUACGGGCCCCUCUCUGAGCCAGGCAGUGCACGUGCCUAUAGCAACAGCAUCGUCCGCAGCAGCCGCACAACCCUUGACCGCAUGGAGGACUUUGAGGACGAUCCCCGAGCCCUGGGGGCCCGAGGGCACCGCCGUUCUGUCAGCCGUGGCUCCUAUCAGCUGCAGGCACAGAUGAACCGUGCUGUCUAUGAGGACAGGCCUCCUGGCAGCGUGGUGCCCACAUCAGCAGCAGAGGCAAGUCGGGCCAUGGCUGGGGACACAUCGCUGAGCGAGAACUAUGCCUUUGCAGGCAUGUACCAUGUUUUUGACCAGCAUGUGGAUGAGGCAGUCCCAAGGGUGCGCUUCGCCAAUGACGACCGACACCGCCUGGCUUGCUGCUCACUCGACGGCAGCAUCUCCCUGUGCCAGCUGGUGCCUGCCCCACCUACUGUGCUCCGCGUGCUGAGGGGCCACACCCGUGGUGUCUCCGACUUCGCCUGGUCCCUCUCCAAUGACAUCCUCGUGUCCACCUCGCUGGAUGCCACCAUGCGCAUCUGGGCUUCCGAGGACGGCCGCUGCAUUCGGGAGAUCCCUGACCCUGAUGGCGCCGAACUGCUCUGCUGCACCUUUCAGCCCGUCAACAACAACCUCACUGUGGUGGGGAAUGCCAAGCACAAUGUGCAUGUCAUGAACAUCUCCACUGGCAAGAAAGUGAAAGGUGGCUCCAGCAAGCUGACAGGACGUGUUCUUGCUCUGUCCUUUGAUGCCCCUGGCAGGCUGCUCUGGGCGGGUGAUGACCGUGGCAGUGUCUUCUCCUUCCUCUUUGACAUGGCCACAGGAAAGCUGACCAAAGCCAAGCGGCUGGUGGUGCAUGAGGGCAGCCCUGUGACCAGCAUCUCUGCCCGUUCUUGGGUCAGCCGUGAGGCCCGGGACCCCUCGCUGCUCAUCAAUGCUUGCCUCAACAAGCUGCUACUUUACAGGGUGGUGGACAACGAGGGGACCCUGCAGCUGAAGAGAAGCUUUCCCAUUGAGCAGAGCUCACACCCUGUGCGCAGCAUCUUCUGUCCCCUCAUGUCCUUCCGCCAGGGGGCCUGUGUGGUGACAGGCAGUGAGGACAUGUGCGUGCACUUCUUUGAUGUGGAGCGAGCAGCCAAGGCUGCUGUCAACAAGCUGCAGGGCCACAGUGCGCCUGUACUUGACGUCAGCUUCAACUGCGACGAGAGCCUGCUGGCCUCCAGUGACGCCAGCGGCAUGGUCAUCGUCUGGAGACGGGAGCAAAAGUUCUUGCUGAGUUGCCAAGGGUGGACUUCUAAUUGCAAUCGUCCUGCCCCAGCCCCCCAAGAAGCUAAGAGUACAGAUCACCUACCCUGGGGGAAGCCAGAUGCUGUUUUGUGAGGACACAUCAGUCAGCUGUGGAUGGGCCCAGGUGGUGAAGAACCCAAGCUUCCUGCCAACAAUUAUGUUGGCAGACCCUCCUGCCCAAAUAAGUCUUCAGAUGAGUCCACAGUCCCAACCACAUCCUGACUGCCAACCUCCUGAGAAUUAGCACCAGAAACAACUAGAUAAGACACUUCUGGCUCUCAGAAAAUGUGCCAGAGGUCUUCAAUUGCUGAGUUUUGGGAAUCAUUUGUUGCAUAGCAAUAGAUAACUAGUGCAAACACUAUUGGUUAAAAUUGUUCAAUAAAACUUUAUAAAUUCAGAUUUCCAGUCCAUGAGUGUCAUAAAAUAUGGAGGAUAUAUUUGACUUUCUUCAGUGGAAGGAUCUUCUCAUUUAAGUUUGUGAACAGCCAUUAAUUUUAUAGUAGUCCCCUGUAUUGAGGAGGAUAUGUUCCAAGAUCCCCAUUGGAUGACUAAAACCUCAAUAGUAAGAAUUCUGUAGAUACUAUGUUCUUUCCUAUGUGUAUGUACUUAUGAUAAAGUUUAACUUAUGAAUUAGGCUAAUAAGAGAUGAAUAAUAAAGCAAUUCAAUAUAUAA